AUAUGCACAGAGGGAGGCGUGGCUCGUAUAUACGCGGAGGUGAUUCUCAUCGCACCUACCUACCUAUCUAUAUACCUCGUUCUUUAGCUCCGUCACGCGUGACGGAUGUGUAUAUGGAUUCGUCACGUGCGUUGCAGAGCUAAAGAAAGCUAGCUGGCAAGACAAGACGGAAGCUAGAGAUGGCUAACGUGAAGGCCCUGCUGUUGAACGAGGAAGAAGACUGCGAGAAUGGAGGAGGAGGGAGAGAGGAGACAGAGCUCGUCGCCAUUAGCAGCGGCAUUCGGGACUACUCCGAUCGUCUCGUGCUUCUCAAACAACUCAGAGCUCUGUUUCUCAAAGACCUGACUCUUCAGUCGAGAGCCAUAGCCACCAACGUCUGCCAGCUACUGACUCCCAUGAUCUUCAUCUCCUUUGCUGGUCUCAUGCAAAUCAUCCUCAACAUAGUGCUCAAGAAACACCAAACGGUUGUACCCGGGACUGGUGCUGUUCCAUUUCCUAUGGACAUAAGUCGGUCCCUGACCUGCCGCCCCGCAAACAACAGCUACAACAAUCCUGACAUUGAGGUGUUUAACGCGACAAUAUUCGGGAUAGACAACUACACAAUCACCGAUUGCCACGACAAUUUUCUGAAUUUUCUCAGCGACUAUGAACACUUGGUUAAUUUGGUGACUAAGUCAGAGUAUAGAGAAGAAUUUGAAAUUUUCAAUCUCAUGACAUUAGCUCGUCCUCAGGAUUUGCUAUUCAACUUACCAAUGUUCUACAUUGGAAAGAGUGAAGGUGUAGCUAUGGAUCUUGGUUAUUUAACUUUUGACGGGAACCACUCCGGUUUCAUUGGCGGUGCAGUGCCCCAAGAAUGGCGUUACAAUUUCUCGAUGAAUUUCAGUGUUGACCAUCACUGGCCACUAGAGAGAAUCUUUACUGAGGACUAUACAAAUGAUGAAGGGCCGUACCUAACUGUCCCCUUCUUCCUACCAAUAUCAGACCUUUCUACCCUCAACCAUCGACUGGACAAAGUGAUUAAGAGGUACGGUGACGAGGCGGAGUCAUCAGCUGGUUACUAUGCCGAUUAUCAGAGGAACUACAUUACGUCGCCUCUCUCUAGUGACCAGUUCCGUACCAACAUAAACCUUCUCAAGGAGGCCACUUGCGAGAGCGACACCAGUCUUUUUGAACAGCUAAGGCCCAGUGGAGCCUUGUUCCUGGAUCAGCUAACCACCACAGAGGCAUCACUGACUCUCAAUUAUACCAUCGUGGCCAAUGACCUGUCACUUGAGUAUCCCAACAUCAUCGGAAGGAAGAAAGACCAAACCCAGUUCACUGAGGCUCUGGACACACAUCAGAGGAAUAACCUGAUCAACAUGAUGAGCAACGCGGUGUUCAAGAAACCUCACCGGUGCCGCCGGGACUGACCCCGUCGCCAUAGCAACGUACGUCAUGCCCCUCCCUACUCCGCCCGUGUACCUGACAUUGGACAUAUCCACCAUACUGGGUGGAGUUCUGUACCCUUACGCCGCCUCCUUCCUCCUACCUGUUUACAUGGCGAUGCUGGUGAAGGACAAGUCAGAGAAGCACCUGAUAAUGAUGGAGCAGAACGGACUCUCCCGAUGGACAUACUGGGCCGUCACCUACAUCUUUAACCUCAUGCUCUACGCGGUGAUAGCUAUCAUCAUUACAGUGUUCUCACUGGCCUUCAGAUACGUCUCUUCACUCAGACGAAUGCAGUUGUUCUAAUCCUCGUCUUCCUCCUAUGGGGCCACGCCCAGAUUGCCCUCGGUUUCUUCUUCAGUAACUUCUUCACCAGUCCGCGUGCCGCCAUCAUCAUCGGCUAUCUCCUGGUGUUUGCCAGCGUUGCCGUGGCACUACUUCUGGAGCUGUUGAAGAUUUUCCCGCCAAACAUAACACCGUUUCCAGUUUACAUGUUCUACCCUCCUUUUGUCUUCUACAGGAUUCUGUACUACAUGAUAAAUGCCUGUUUCGGAUACUCUUGUUUCUCGGUAACAAUUCUAGACCCCACCCAGGGACUCAACCUAGUUACCACGGCGAUGUUGUACCUGGGACUGGACACGCUGGUUUUACUGGUGUUGUCGGUGUAUCUCUCCUACGUACUACCUGGUGACUAUGGCGUCCGAAAAUCUCCCUUCUUUCCACUGAUAGCUCUGUACAAGUGCUGCAAGCAUGCAGUCAUGAAGAUUUCUGGUAAAAAACUGGAACCGGGAUCUGACAUGACACAGCCGCAAUCUCCAGUCAGGUUGCUAACGACAACCGCCGAGGAAUUUGUUGACGAGGACGUCAUUGCCGAACAUGAGUUGUUGAGUCAGGGGUUUCCCCCCGAUGCUCCCGUAGUGAUCUACCAGUUGAGGAAGGAGUAUCCAGGAAGUGGCGGAGCUCCGCCCCACGUUGCCGUGCACUCCGUGUCCAUCGUCAUACAGAGGAACGAGUGUUUCGGUCUCUUGGGACCAAAUGGUGCGGGGAAGACGACUCUCAUCUCAGUGUUGACAGGUAUGUAUGAACCAACACGAGGGACUGCCAGGAUCGCUGGAUACGACAUACAGACUGAGGU